AUAGCGAAUAUGUAAGGCUUCCAAUAGUCCACAUAUUUGCGUAAAUGUGUGUCACUGUACAUCAUAUUAUCUUCAAUUCUUCUUCCUUCACUCUCUCUUUUUUUUCUUCAUUAGCUUUCUUAUAAAUCCUUUAAUCCCAACCCCUUUUCAGUUUUCACUCUCUCUUCUCUCUUCUUCUGCAGAAAAAAGCACAGACCUUUCUUUUUUUCUUUUUUUUUUUCUUCUCUCUCUGCCUCCGUUUUCUGCUUUUCCUUUCCCCAAUCCAGACAACUUAUAUAUGACAGACACACCUAAUGCUAUUAGCCCUUUAUCACUAGGUUUAUUCGUUUGAGUUUUCUUUUUGACUGCUCAUCAAAGAUAGCUUCUUUUGUACUGUAUUUUUUUGGGUGGUGGGAGGGGGGAGGGAUGAUUAUGGGAUUGAGAAGGAAGUUUCCCUGUUGCAAGAAUCAAAAGGGUUUUUAGUUUUUUUCUCUUCUCCCUUCCUUCUUCUUCUUUUUUGUUAGCCUUCUUUGGUUUGAGAGGAAGUUGAGACAUUUGGAUAUAGUCCUCGUGUCUCCUCUGCCUCUCUUCUCUCUUUCUAGUUUGUUGUGUUUGUUUUUUGCUUUUCUGGGUUCAAAGUUUUUCAUAUGAAUGCAUUUUGGUCUAGAAGAAAGAUACACUUAAAAUUUGAGAAGAAGUAGAUUUCAUGAAUUUUGGAGGUUUUCUUGAUAGCAAUUCAGUUGGUAGUGUUGGCAGCGGUGCAAAAAUCGUUGCCGAUAUACCUUAUACCGACAACAACGUUAACAACAUCACAACUUCAAAUAUGCCCACAAGUGCUGCAAUUUCUCAUCAGCCCCGCUUUGUCACUCAGCAACUCUCUAAGUCCAUGUUCUCCUCUCCUGGCCUCUCUCUUGGCCUUGUAAUAAUCUCAUAACUUUUACCAACUUAUGGUUUGUUUACUAAGAUCAUUUCUUUUCUUUCUUUUUUUUUAAUGUUUGGUUUUUUGGGUUUUGAAGCAAACCAGUUUGGAGGGGCAAGGGGAAGCGGCUGGCGGAAGGAUGGGUGACAAUCAUCAUAAUAGCAUAUAUGAAGGGAAUAAUAAUAAUACUAUAAACAUGGGUCGGAGGAACAGACAAGAAGAACAUGAUAUUAGCAGAUCUGGGAGUGAUAAUUUAGAAGGUGCUUCUGGAGAUGAUCAAGAUGCUGCUGAUAAGCCCCCCAGAAAGAAGAGAUACCAUCGUCAUACUCCUCAGCAAAUCCAAGAACUUGAAUCGUAAAUCAUUUUUUUUUCUUUUCUUUUCCCUUCUUCCUAGAUACAAUGAAAACAUCAUUCUUUCUUCUUGAUGUUCAUUUCUGUUUCUGUUUUGCUUUUUUGGUUUGUUUUUGCAGUUUAUUCAAAGAGUGCCCUCAUCCCGAUGAGAAACAAAGGCUGGAACUUAGCAAAAGGCUAUCCUUGGAGACCAGACAAGUCAAAUUUUGGUUUCAGAACAGAAGAACUCAAAUGAAGACACAAUUGGAGAGGCAUGAAAAUUCGAUCCUAAGGCAAGAAAACGAUAAGCUACGAGCUGAAAACAUGUCAAUCAGGGAAGCUAUGAGGAAUCCAAUAUGCACCAACUGCGGUGGUCCUGCAAUGAUUGGUGAAGUCUCUUUAGAGGAGCAACAUCUCAGGAUUGAAAAUGCCAGAUUAAAGGACGAAUUAGACCGUGUUUGUGCACUCGCCGGAAAGUUUUUGGGGCGUCCCAUUUCGUCAUCAGCCAAUUCCAUGACCCCUCCAAUGCCUAAUUCAGCUCUAGAACUCGGAAUGGGAGUCAAUGGAUUCGGUGCUUUAAGUCCCGUUCCGGCAACAUUACCAUUAGGCCCGGCCGAUUUCGGGGUAGGAAUCGGCAACCCUUUACCUGUAGUGCCGGGAAGUGGUGGUCCUCCGAGAGGCGGUUCCGGCAUUGUGGACAGAUCAUUGGAGAGGUCAAUGUACUUAGAACUGGCAUUGGCUGCAAUGAAUGAACUGGUGAAAAUGGCACAAACGGAUGAACCCCUUUGGUUGAGGAGCUUGGAAGGGGGUAGGGAAGUGCUGAAUCAUGAGGAAUAUAUGAGGACAUUUACUCCUUGCAUUGGAAUGAAACCCAAUGGUUUUGUCACAGAGGCAUCUAGAGAAACUGGAAUGGUAAUUAUCAACAGCUUGGCUCUUGUGGAAACAUUAAUGGAUGCGAACAAAUGGGCGGAGAUGUUUCCUUGUAUGAUUGCAAGAACUUCAACUACAGAUGUGAUUUCGAGUGGAAUGGGAGGAACAAGAAAUGGGGCACUUCAGCUGAUGCACGGGGAAUUGCAAGUUCUAUCACCGCUAGUACCAGUCCGGGAGGUGAAUUUCCUCCGGUUUUGCAAACAGCAUGCGGAGGGAGUGUGGGCUGUCGUCGACGUGUCCGUUGAUUCCAUCCGAGAAACUCCCGGCGCUGGUAGCGCCGGCGGUGCUGCACCACCGACAUUUCCCACCAGCAGGAGGCUUCCUUCUGGUUGUUUAGUUCAGGAUAUGCCUAAUGGUUACUCCAAAGUCACUUGGGUAGAACAUGCGGAAUACGACGAGUCCGUCAUCCACCAGCUCUACCGCCCGUUGAUCAGUUCCGGCAUGGGCUUCGGUGCUCAGAGGUGGAUCGCCACCCUCCAACGCCAAUGCGAGUGCCUCGCCAUCCUCAUGUCUUCCAGCGUCCCUGCCCGAGAUCCCACCGGAAUAACUCCAGGCGGGAGGAGGAGCAUGUUAAAGUUAGCCCAACGCAUGACGGAUAACUUCUGCGCCGGCGUUUGUGCUUCCACGGUGCACAAAUGGAACAAGCUGAACACCGGCAACAUGGACGAGGACGUCCGGGUGAUGACCCGGAAGAGCAUGGACGACCCCGGCGAGCCAGCGGGCAUUGUGCUGAGUGCGGCGACCUCCGUCUGGCUACCGGUUUCGCCUCAGAGGCUGUUUGAUUUCCUGAGGGACGAGCACAUCCGCAGUGAAUGGGACAUCUUAUCUAACGGUGGUCCAAUGCAAGAAAUGACCCACAUCGCCAAAGGUCAAGAUCAUGGCAAUUGCGUCUCCCUCCUACGUAGUGUAAGUUAUAAAGCUUCCCCCACUCAUAUGAAAAGGGGGAAAAAAAAAAAUCAUCUUUAUUCCAUGCAUGCAUUACAUUCUCCCAUCAUGAAUGAUUAAUUGGAUUCCUAAUUUUGCCAACACAUUCGUCAUCUUUAGAGUUGCAUUGAUCCUUACCUUUUAGCCAAAUUACUGAUUGGUACAACCCCACUUCAUAAUUCACUUUUUUUUCCCCUAUAGGAAAUAUGAUAAUACGGUGAACUAAUAUAACACUUUUGUCCCAAAAUAAUAAUGUGUUUCUCAUUAAUUGUGGUUAAUUUUCAUGGUAGGUUUAAUAGAUAGUUAUAUAUGUAAGGUGAAAAUAGGUGGAUGAGGGCACCACCAUAUCUUGUUUGGGUGAUUGAGGAGGGGUUCAAGUUUUAUUAGUGUGAGGGAGAAAUGUGAAAGUUGGAAGUGUGUGUAAAGGACAAUUGAAUAGAUCUAAAAGAUCUGCCUACUAUUUAACCUUUUCUGGUUUUGUAAACAUAUUAAAGUCAAAAACACUUGGCCACCUGUCUCCUUCUUUGGGUUAACCCAUGACUCUGGAAAAAGGAAAAAAAAAAAAAAUUAUGAAAACUCAUCCCUUGAAAAGUCCUUGGAUCAAGUUGACUCUUCUUAGAUCCUGACAUAAUAUGAUGAUCAUCAUUUCUUGAAGUUGCAAAACCUUUUUUGUGUAAAAAGGCAUUAGUCAUAUAGUGUAUGAUGGAUCCAUCUCAAAAAGUUAUACAGAAAAGUUUUGGCCUUUUUUGCUUGUUGUUUUUCUUAUUUUGUUUUCUAAACAUUUUUUGUUUGGUCACCUGAAAUUCCAACUUCCACCUAAAUAAUUUCGCAUGUACAAGUAAAAUUUGUUUUAUUUUCUGUUUCAUUUUAAGUGUAUAUUGAAAUGGCAAUUUAUGUAAAUAUGAAGAAAAUUGAGGUCAUUUGGUGUGUAUAGGCCGUGAACUCGAACCAGAGUAGCAUGCUGAUACUGCAGGAGACAUGCAUAGACGCGGCGGGGUCGCUUGUGGUGUACGCGCCCGUUGACAUUCCAGCGAUGCACGUGGUGAUGAACGGUGGAGAUUCGGCUUACGUCGCGCUGCUCCCAUCGGGUUUCGCAAUCGUACCGGACGGCCCAGGCUCUCGUGGGCCUUGUUCUUCUUCUUUACCCAAUGGACUAAGCGGAGGCAGCAGCGGUGGGCCCGGCGGCCACAGGGUUGGUGGAUCUCUCUUGACGGUGGCCUUCCAGAUUCUGGUGAACAGCCAGCCCACGGCGAAGCUGACGGUGGAGUCGGUUGAGACGGUCAAUAACCUCAUCUCUUGCACAGUACAAAAGAUUAAAGCCGCCCUUAAUUGUGAAAGCUGAUUCAGAAGGAAAACAAAAGGUGGAAAAAGGGGCCAAAAUUCUCAAGAAUCUGACUUGAUAUAUAUAAAUAGAUUUUUUCUUUUUUUUUUGGGUUUUACUGAUUAGAUUCAGUCUAUAGCGGACUAUGCAUUAAGAGUUUGUACGAUAAUACGCAUUUUAAAAUGCGUUUUUGUACAAAUACUUAAUGCAAUAGGCGCAAAAUAGGGCCGAGUCUAGUUGAAAUAUUUUGUGGGGGUAAUUAAUUAGAUGGUAUGUAAUUUUGUAGAGGGUGAGUCAAGAACGAACCGCGGUUUAAAAAUGGUGUUUUUCUUUUAAGAAAAAUGUUUUGGGAUAAUUAUUUUGAUUAUUCUUUGCACAAAAAGGCAAGAAUAUAAUAGUGGUGGUUCGGGUAUUGACUCAAGAAAUUGACCCUCAGGGAAAGAUGAAUUCAUGUGACGUACGAAUGAUGAAUUAUUAGCAUUGGAUUUCCAUGGUUUUUCUAGUUACAAUUACUUUUUGAUUGAUGACAAGUGUGGUGUGUUGCUGACAUUUGACAAUGAGUGUUUAAUCUCCUUUUAACCUCUUCUUCUUUUUUUUUUUUCUUUUAUUGUUAGUACAUUGUUACCAAG